AUGGACUCGACCACCAACCAAUUCGCCGGCGCCGCCGCCGCCGCUGGCGCGUCAUCGGCGAACACGGCACCGCUGCCGGCCAUGCUCGCUGACGCCCUUAUCGGCGCCGGAGCUGGAGGAGGAGAUGGGGACCCCAGCGCCGCUCUCCAACGGCUGGCGGCCCUCGGCGAUCGCAUGGCUGCUGUCCGGCGCCUCCUCGUCGCCUCCAUUUCUGGGGAAUCGCAGCCCCUCUCCUCCUCGGAUAUUCAGUCCGUGUCCUCCGAGAUCUCAUCUGCCGCUCACCUCGUCGUCCUCAACGCCGCCUCCCUCCUUUCUUCGUCCCUCCCUUUUCCCGCCCCAUCUGCCACUCCCGCCCCUCCCGCUCCUAUACAAGAGCUUCCCGCAGCGGCCUCCACCGCCGAUGUGCUUCCCCAAGAAGCUACCAAGGGCUACGAUGUCGUGGAGCUCGAUGCCGACGAGCUGCUCGCGGAGCAUGCCCACUUCUGCAAUAUCUGCGGCAAGGGCUUCCGCCGCGACGCCAACCUCAGGAUGCACAUGCGCGCGCACGGCGACCGAUUCAAGACCCUGGACGCGCUCUCCCGGCCCGGUCAGGCAAAGCCAGUUGAUGGCCGCGAUGUGCGCUUUUCCUGUCCUUUCACGGGGUGCAACCGGAACCGUGCGCACCGCCGCUUCCGGCCGCUCAAGUCAGCGGUGUGCGCGCGCAACCACUUCCGCCGCAGCCACUGCCCCAAACUCUACGCGUGUGAGCGCUGCGGUGGCAAGAAGCGUUUUGCUGUUCUUGCCGAUCUCCGCGGCCACCUCCGCCACUGCGGUGAGGAGGCACAGUGGCGCUGCUCCUGCGGCACCACCUUCUCCCGCAAGGACAAGCUGUUCGGCCAUCUCGCCCUCUUUGAAGGCCAUAUGCCAGCCAUGUCCCCUCCGAACAAGGAUGCAGUGACAACGACUACAGAGGCACCCCUUGAUAUAAUGGAUGAAGGAGGAAUCGAAGAGCAGGAAGAUGGCGGUGAAGGUGGUUUUGAUCCGGAGUUCUUCAAGGAGUGGAUGGAGGAGCUCAAAGAUGAUGGCGUGCCUGCUGGUGGCACAGUCUGGCCUGGACGGGCAGCAGCUGGGCAAUAG